AUGUCUGGGCGAGAGGAUUCCAUGGAUGAUGCGUCCACAGAUCAGAUCCCGGAAACAGAACCCGGUGCAGCUGAGGCAAAGGAAGAAGCGUGGAAACGGCUUGUUGCGGCCAUGAACAUAAUUGAUGAUCGAUUUUAUUUCUUAACGUUCUGUCUGGUGCUUGCCAAGGCCAGUGUCCUUCCAGGGCGAGGUUUUUUGAGAGAUGAAUUAGCUUUAAGUUUGCGGCAAAUCCGCAUGCAUCUAAUUUUUACCAUUUCUUGUUUGUUGUCGGAAAAAUCCGAACAAUUUUUCCGUGAUCUUGGAAUCUUUGUGGACCAUCAGCUACAGCGCUACAAAUUUAAUUGUGGAUUUGUUGCUGUUGCGGACAAGGAGUAUCCAAUUUGUGGCUGUGCAUGA